AUGGCCUUUCACUGGGAUAAACUCUCGCCAGCGGAAUUUCAACAACUUCAGGACUUGGCAGCUUAUUCUACGCGGAAACUCCAGGAUGUUCUUGCUGAAUUUUGUGGGAGCAACACGACGCCGAGUGGCGUGCCGAAAUAUCAUCCGGACGGAGACAUCGACUACGAGGGUUUCCGCAAAUUUCUAAAUUCGUAUCUGGAGAUCGAUACACCGGAUGAAUUGUGUCGGCAUCUUUUCCUCUCGUUCGUCAGGAAAGGUUCGCGCGGAGUGGACGGCAAAGCCUUCAAGGAGAUGGCCGUGAUCUCCUCGACGACCGCCUGCGCCGCAAUUACAUCGCACACGACUUCCAGCAGUAACGUUAAUAGCACCGGCGGGCCGGGCGGAGCUUCCACGGAGAGCCACGGCGGAUCCUCGUUGGCCGACAAAAUUCACGGAAUUACGGAAAAAUUGCAGGCGCUAGGCCAUCACAGAACGGAAAGCGAAAUCUCCAAGACGCGAACGGGAAGCGUGCAUCCGAUGUUAACGGUCACCCAUACGUCGUACAGCUGUCACGACGUACUAGAGAAGAAGAGCACGGAUAGCAGUCCAAGUCAAAGCCAAAUGUCGCGUAAUUCAUCCAGGAAGUCGAACAAUUCCCUCCUUGUCAACAACGGGAAAUUGGAAGAGAUGAGACAUCUUGUCAGAAAGCAAAGCACAAUAGACGUCCAGUCCGUUAAAGUCAGCCUCAAAGACAUCGUUUGUUAUCUUUCCCUCUUGGAAGCCGGUAGACCGGAGGAUAAACUGGAAUUUAUGUUCCGGUUGUAUGAUACAGAUGGCAACGGCGUCCUUGACACGAACGAAAUGGACUGCAUCGUGAAUCAAAUGAUGAAUGUCGCGGAGUAUCUCGGUUGGGAUGUCUCAGAGCUGAAGCCGAUUUUACAAGACAUGAUGAUAGAGAUUGACUACGAUGCAGAUGGUACGGUUUCGCUGGAAGAGUGGAAAAGAGGUGGCCUCACGACGAUACCUCUGCUGGUUCUUCUGGGUCUGGAUUCCCACGUGAAAGAAGAUGGAAAUCAUUUGUGGAGGCUGAAACAUUUCAGCAAACCCGCGUACUGCAAUCUCUGUCUAAAUAUGUUGGUUGGCCUCGGCAAGAAAGGACUUUGUUGCGUCUUUUGCAAAUACACGGUGCACGAGAGAUGCGUACAAAGAGCGCCAGCCUCCUGCAUAGCUACUUAUGUCAAGAGCAAGAAGACGUCCCAAACAAUGGCUCAUCAUUGGGUCGAAGGUAAUUGUCAUGGAAAAUGUUCCAAAUGCAGAAAGACUAUCAAGAGUUAUAAUGGCAUCACCGGCUUACACUGCAGAUGGUGCCAAUUAACCUUGCACAAUAGAUGUGCGUCGCAAGUACGAGCGGAAUGUACGCUCGGCGAACACGCGGUACACAUCCUUCCACCUACGGCAAUUUGUCCCGUUGUACUGGAUAGACAAAGAUCAUUGUCAAGGGACAGCAAACGUGGCAGCAGGCACUGUCAGGAUAGCUCAUCGGUCAGCUCUGGUGUUUUCCUGAGCUGCGGUAGCUCGUCGAAUCAGCAGCCAGCCAUGUCCUUUCAAAUCACACCACCGGAGGGCACGACACCGCUUUUAGUUUUUAUAAAUCCAAAAUCGGGCGGCCGACAAGGAGAGCGAAUGUUACGGAAAUUUCAAUACAUUCUGAAUCCUCGGCAGGUCCAUAAUCUUGCGAUCGGCGGGCCCAUGCAAGGCCUGCAAAUGUUUAAGGAUGUGGAGAAUUUUAAAGUGAUCUGCUGCGGCGGUGACGGGACGGUCGGCUGGGUUUUGGAAACGAUGGAUCGUGUGCAAUUUGAAACACAACCUGCCGUUGGCGUUAUACCUCUCGGUACAGGCAAUGAUCUUGCCAGGUGCUUACGCUGGGGUGGUGGUUACGAAGGAGAAGCGGUACACAAAGUGCUUAAGAAAAUCGAAAAGGCGACGCAGGUGAUGAUGGAUCGCUGGCAAAUAGAAGUUUUAGAUCAAAAGGACGAGAAGAAAUCGAAUCAAGAUACUAUACCGUAUAAUAUCAUUAAUAAUUAUUUCUCGGUGGGCGUUGACGCCGCUAUUUGCGUCAAGUUUCACAUGGAGAGAGAGAAAAAUCCCGAGAAGUUUAACAGCAGAAUGAAAAACAAGUUGUGGUACUUCGAAUACGCGACCACGGAGCAGUUCGCUGCCAGUUGUAAAAAUCUCCACGAGGAUCUCGAAAUAAUUUGCGACGGUACGCCUCUGGAUUUGGCGCACGGUCCAUCCCUGCAAGGAGUCGCAUUACUAAACAUUCCUUUCACUCACGGUGGUUCGAAUCUCUGGGGCGAACAUCACACGCGGCAUCGCCUUGGUAAACGAAAAAAGCGACCCGACAAAGAACUCAGUACCAGUAGUUUCAAUUCCGUAGAUCUCACGGCCGCUAUUCAAGACAUCGGAGACAAUCUCAUAGAAGUAAUCGGUUUGGAGAACUGCUUGCAUAUGGGUCAAGUAAAGACCGGACUCCGACAUUCUGGCAGAAGAUUGGCCCAAUGUAGCAGCGUCACCAUCAUCACGAGUAAACGAUUCCCCAUGCAAAUCGAUGGCGAACCAUGGAUGCAGGGUCCUUGCACGAUUCACAUUACACACAAAAAUCAAGUACCGAUGCUGAUGGCACCACCGCCAGAUAAGAGCAAGGGUUUCUUCCGAUUUCUAAAGAGGUGAACACACAAGUAAUUUUACGCUUUUUACCGAAGGAGAAGGGAUACUAUCGAGUGAAAAGAUCAAUUCCAACCUGUUUCUACCCAGUCUUGUCAUCGUCCGAUUUAUUCCUCUUUAUUACGGCGGAAAUAUAUCGAUUCUAUCAUAUGUAGUCGCAGCUUCAAUACAGGCGAGGAACGCGAGCGUUAACGCGCCUUAGGUAUUCUUGUGUACAGUAUUUUUCAAAAUAAACGGAAUUUUAUGUCCUAAUCUUAAAUUACGUCAAGCGGUAGGCUCGAUCAUCUUAGCCUUUUCUAGCCGACGCUAGAAACUUUCGAUCUUUUGUUUGCUCUUAACUGGUACAGGAUACGGAUGUGCAAUAUGUUGUGAUAACUCUGUCGCCUGAUGACUUAUGUGUCGCCUUUGAGCUUGAUAUAGAUUUAAUUUAUGAAUUCGCUUCAAUUGAAGUAUCUUUAGAAUCAAUAUGCUCAUAUGAUGUAGAGACAUCAUCUUUCCAGUUAAGGGAAAUGUUACUUUGCGCGGAUAUCAAUCACGUAGCGAGUGCUUUCACGUUCCGAGUUUUGAGUCUACCGCUUCUUAUAUAUAUGCAAAUCGACUGGCACUGUAUUUUUACGCAACAAAUAGACGAUAUAUUAACACGGCGAGUUGUGCGGCGUCGUGCAAACGAGAGAGUGAAGUUGUAACGACCACUUCAACGUAUAACGCGGAUGUGGAUACGAGUCUAUCAAGAUUUAUUCGCCGAACAAUUAACGUCUUUAGCGUAGAAAGAAUGGGCAAGCAGAUGAACUGGACUGGUCGACGUUUUCGCUUGUGAUACGUGAUAUAUUCCUAAUUCUGGUUCUCCUUUGCACGAGUCCGUCCGUCAAACACGAAUCACAUACUUUCCUCAAUUAACUCUAGAUCUUUCGUACCAGAGCUUAGCCGUAAAACGCUUAGACAUAAAUCAUGACUUAUUUAUUUAUUUGUAUGAUGUAUUUAUUUAUUUAUUUAUUUCGCAUUCGUAUUUUAUAAGUCAGAGCAAUAUAUCAUAAGCAUAUCAAGUGCGAUUGCGUAGCACAUUGUAACGUUGGGUUGUUAAAUACUUAUAAUCGCGAAAUUAUGAAGUCAAUAUCAUUUAAUCCACGCAGAUUGUAAUCAAUAGUAAAUACAACUUACGUCUUUAUUAUUUUAGACGUUCAUCGAUUUUAAUAAUUGUAUAUAAUCGUUAUACUUUCCACAUUUAUAUUUCACAUUCACACGUUUCUGCGCGCCUCUCUGCUUGCAGAGAAUUGUAACUAAAUUUUUCUUGUAUAUCCUUUAACAUACGUUAUUAUAUGUAUAAACACUCAUAUUCUAUGCAUAUUAUUGGCGACUCUAUGCUCUAAGUAUAAUGGGUGCUACAAAACGCUUGUCGUCUCUGCUAUUACUAUUGUUCCAAUUUAAACUUUGUACAUCAAAUGACGAUCGAUUCAAUAUCAUUUCUUAAGAUUUCCGUAAAUGUUAAGAAAGAAAAUAGCCCCCCUAAUAUAGCCAUUACAUGUCUAUUAAAUCAUAUAGAUUCUUAAAUCAUAUAUUUCCGUGCACUUGUUAGAUACAUUUUGUUAGUACGAUACGAAAUCUGAGAUAUAUCAAUUUUAAAUCUAAUUGUAGUGAAAUGGAACUUUAUGUUUUUGUAAUUAUAUACAUAUAUACGCAGACGAGGGAAUAAUAUAUACGAUACAAUUUAAAAUCCCGCAGGGACCAUCUCGAUAUAAACGAUAAAGAUUUUAAAUUUUCAUAUCCUCGUGCAGACCGAGAUUUUAAUCUUUUGUAAUAUUUAAAUUUUUGCGGCAUUUCUCGCGGCUAUAUAGAUUUUACUUGCCUCUACGUAUAACGCGGAAUAAAUUAAAGAAUAAUGCGUCAACAGUUAAUUCUAACAGUUGAUUCUAGAGCAGCGAGUAUUAUAGGUGAAAGUAGCAUAGUUUACAUUUAUGAUAAUUCAAAGUACAACAUUACAUCUCCACUAGAUAGAUGGUUUUAGCUUCUCUCCACGCACCGGUCGCUCAUGAUCGUCAUUGUUUUUUUACCGCAAUUGCGCAAUAUGAUUUACGCGGACGAGUAACGCGGUCGCGAUUAGUCGUUAGAUAAGUCGAAAUACUACGCUUACAAAUAAAAGUUAUAAUCAAUGAAGAAGAAAGAAAAAAAAUUUUAAUUUUCGAGUCGUUACCUGCUAGCAAGCGAGUUCUAGGAAAAUAAAAACGACGAGAAUGAAAAAAAAAUCACCGCAAGGCAAACGGGGAUCUAUCCUUGCGCGGUUCUACGUCCCUUCGAUCUGUGAAUACUAACGGCACAAUAACGAUAUUGUUUUUCUAUUGGAUUGGCGCAGUGUCUCAGUGUGCUUUGUCAUUGUGUAACAUUAUAUAUGAUGCGAAAAGACCCAAAAAUUAUUCGUUGUGCGGCAGUACGAGAAAAUGUAAGACAUUCACGAUGAAGGCCUGGAUUGGAAAUUCGAUUGCGCACAUUUUUGCUAAUGCCUGAGACGAAAGAGUCAGAAGGCAGGUAUCAUACCAGUGCCAGUAAUAUUCCAAGGAAGGUCUCAUCGAUGUUUAGAAUCUCCAGAACAUUGUAGCUACGUUGUAGCUUCGUCGUAAAGAAAAUACGAGCAGUGAAUCGGAAGUAAAAAUUCAACUGAAAUUCAGAAUUAUAUUUUAAUUAAAAUCACUCCACUAAUCCCUACGUAUCGUCCUGAUGCAGAAUGAAAACAAAUGGACUGAUUCUACGAAACAAAGUGGUAAACAAAUAUUUAAUAUGUAUGGUAUUAGAAUUGAUGUAAGCAAGAGCAAGGGAAUGAGCGCAAACAGUUUUAAAUUCAUUUUUAAUGUCUGAAUUUAGAAUUUAGUUUCACGGGCUAAAUCUUUACAAUUUUACAUUGCUAAUAAUUACAUGAAAAUUGAAUAUCAUUAGAGGUACUGUAUGCAUCAUAUUUACAAUCCGAUUCACUUUUCUCCUUCAUUUUCGAUGAGUAUCCAAAAUAUGAACCGAAACAAUGUCUGGCAUACAAACCGUACGCAUUAUAGUCAUUAAGCGCUACUGAUGAAGCGAGAUUAGCUGAAUUUACUGCCAUCUUUUUUGGGUCUACGUACGUUUGAGCACUACUGCCAUUUUCCAAAGGAUAGACACAUACGCGAACGAAAAAGCCUGUCUAUAGUGUAACAUAACGUAAGAAAUAAAGUGUAAAUUCAUCGCGAAUGUCUUCUUUCCUAUAUCAAUAAACUUCCGAUCUUUUAAAAAC